UAAGGAACCAUUUUGUUAUUUUUUUUUUUUUUAUAUACAUGAUACAUCCUUUUAAAUUUUUUUAAUAUUUUUUUUUAACAAUACAAAAUGAUUUAUACAAACUUCUAAAGUUUUGCUAUUUUCUAGACAACACACAGAAAGGGGGCUGAAGAAAUUGGGGAAAAAGUUUGUGUUUGUUGUUAUGGAAGAUGAAGAUUUGUUAGGUUGUAACAGUGAGAAGAAAAAUGGAGAAAUAAUUGAGAAAACUAAAAUUAGUAAUAGUAAUGGUGUAGAGAUUUCAGUAGCUACAGCUUCAACUAUGUUUCCUGGGUUUAGAUUUUGUCCAACUGAUGAAGAACUUAUAUCCUAUUACUUGAAGAAGAAAGUUGAAGGCUCUGAUAAAUGUGUUGAAGUUAUUUCUGAAGUUGAGAUUUGGAAACAUGAACCUUGGGAUCUCCCAGGUAAAUCCAUUGUUCAGUCUGACAAUGAAUGGUUCUUCUUCUCUCCUCGUGGAAGGAAGUAUCCAAAUGGCUCACAGAGUAAAAGGGCAACCGAGUCUGGUUACUGGAAGGCCACAGGAAAAGAACGUAAUGUGAAGUCUGGUACUAAUAUAAUUGGCACAAAGAGAACCCUGGUGUUCCACAUUGGUCGGGCACCUAAAGGACAGAGGACACAGUGGAUAAUGCAUGAAUAUUGCAUGACGGCUAACCCUCUUUAUCAGGAUUCAAUGGUUGUUUGCCGCCUAAGGAAGAAUAACGAGUUUCAUUUGAACGACACUCCAGGAAAUCAACGGAAUCAUCUGGCUGUAACUAAUGGCACAGUUGAUUUGUCUAGGGCAGUACAGUUGAAUGGUUUGGGCUUGAUAAAUGGAGGGGAGUGCUGUUCAAAAGAGGCUAGUAGCAGUUUUAGUUCUCAUUCAGUCGAGCAGAUUGAAUCUGGAUCAGAAUCCGAUAAGCUGAAUAAAGAGUUGCCUCAGCAUCAUUCUUCUAGUCACUGGAAGGAUUGUGAUGAAGAGGAUUGCUUUGCUGAUAUAAUGAAAGAUGAUAUCAUUAAGCUAGAUGAUUCUUCAUACAAGGCAAAACACAAUCUGUUGCCAACUAUCACUAGGAAGCUUGAAUCCUCUACAAAGUCACCGACGUCUCAGGAAGCCCAAAAUCCGAUGUCUAAUAGGCUUCCUUUCCAGGGCACUGCAAAUCGAAGACUAAAACUACAAACGGAAAAAGUACCCCGUGGAGUAGAGAGAUUUGAACUGCAUGAAGCCAAUAAGAAGAAUAUCCAUGCUCGGGGCAUCAGUAGACGGUUUAUAAACAUAACUCCAGUUAAAAGGAUGAAGCAAUGGUCGAUACCUCUACUUCUCAUUUCCUUGAUGUUACUGAUCGUGCUUCUUUGUUUGUUCGGUGUUCCACAACAAGUAAAAUGGCAUUACUCCAGCUGAAGCUAAUCUCGCGCCAGCAUAGGUGUCUUUUGUAGUAUUUAGACUGGUAGUUCAGAGAAAGUUAUUUCAGCUUUUGAUGCAUUCUAAGUAGGCUUUGCUUAUGUCCAAGAUCUGUACUUUACCAGCAAUGUACAUGAUGACACCUUGUAAAUUUUGUAGAGUUGUAUUAUAGAAAUAGAACUUAAGGUUUUGGUGUCUUUAACUUUACAUAGUUGUAUAAUACCUUGUAGUUUGUAAAGAUAUGUAGCUAUAUAAUUUGCGCGGCGGUUGUUCAUGA